CAACAACCUGCGGACGACAAUCGAAGCCAAUGAUAAAGCAACCCAUGGUGCUACCAAUUCUGUACAUGGUUGCUUGGCCAUGUAAGUACCUGAGUAUCGCCUUGGAGCUUCUGGCGGUCAACCUCGACUAGCCGCUAUCUUUUCUCAGAUUUUCUCAGAAGUGUCAAUGAUCUCUUUCCCUAGACGGAUUGCCAUGUUUGAGCGUUGUUGAUUAUUUUAUUCAUAUAUCCUUAUCCAUAUCUAAACCAUCACUCAACACAACAACGUCCAAAUCGUCCACCUCUUCGAGUUUUCUUCUUCUCACGCCGUCUGCACAUAGCUGUACAGCUGCAUAGCGAGUUAGCAAGCGAAUCUGCUCCAUUGAAAACGUUUUCCAGCGUGUAUAUCUUCUGCCAUUCGCCACCAUGCCGUUCUUCGACUCCAUCAAGGCUGGGUUCAAGGACCUCAAAGCAGAAGGCCAAAAAUUGAUGGGCAGCAGUUCAGAUCCUCCUCCGCAGCAGCCCUAUCCACAACAGCAACAAGGAUAUUAUUAUGGGCAACCACCACCACCGCAACCGCAAUAUAACCGACCUCCCCCACCACCAUCUCAAGGUUCUUACCCUGGCCAGCAAGCUCAAGCGCAGCGCCAACAGACCUACUCUAACUAUCCUCCUCCUACCUUCAGCCCACCACCGCCUCAACAACAAUACGGGGCCCCUCCUCCUCAAGGGCCCCCUCCUCAAUUCGCCUCUGCCACUGGUCCCCCCCAACAGCCAAUACAAGGUGUAUAUUGGUCCGCACGCUUCGAUCCAAACUCGGCUGUGAGCCAGGAGUGGGAGGAGAAACAAGGCAACAAUAACGGGUGGGGGAAUAAUGAAUUACAGCACUAUACCAAUCAACGGGAGAAUUCAUUCUUCACCGGCAACAACCUCCUUGUUCUCCGAGCCAUCUCCAACCCAUCCCAUCCUGACCCUGCUCAGAAGUACACCUCUGCACGAUUAGUGUCCCGUCAGCGGCUAGCACGACCCCGUGGUAGCCUCGUUGCGACGCUUACCCUACCCAGUGCCCCUGGCAUCUGGCCUGCAUUUUGGCUCCUGCCAUACGAACCUUUCACGUGGCCGACGGACGGAGAAAUCGACAUCGCCGAAACGUGGAACGGAGACGGUAUCAAUCACUCAUGUCUGCACUGGGGCCAAUUUACCCCGGAGGAUAAUUGGAAACAUCGUGUUGUCGGCUCCUUUAUUCCUGGCAUGCAACAAGGCCGACCAGUGCGAUUCGAGUUUGCAUGGGACCAGAACGAGCAGGCUGGUGGCCAAGGCAGAAUGGUCUGGUAUAUUGAUGGAAGACCGGUCAUGAAAGCUUCAAUCCCUCAAGGAACCAGGAAAAUGGCCGAUUUCAACAUCCUGCUUAACAUCGCAAUGGGUGGAAAUGUCACUCAGGGCAAAACUCCGGCCCAGGGUGUAUAUGAUUUUGUCGUCUAUGACAUGAAGAUGUUGGACCAACCUGAAAAUGGUGGAUGGCAGAAAUUUGAUCAUGAUUUCCAUACUACAAGAGAAGGCGACACAAUGUGAGGUGGGAGAUCAAUGUCGAUGACUGUAGAUACUGAGAGCUCAGCAUUUGGAUAUCCUGUCGACGUUUGAUCGUCAGUUUCAGUGAGUACAUAUGACAAUACUGGAACCUUGCCAAAUCAAGCACAAUCAACGUUCAGAAUGGUGUGCAGAUCGACUCAGGUAUCAACACCGGAACU